AUGGAGGUGAAGCACAAGAACUGGCGUGAUGUGGGCGAGGUGUUGCAGCAAUUGGUACCUGAUCGCGUCAUCAUUCCGCCAGGAAGGAUAUUGAGAUGUGGCCUCAUUGACUUCUGCACGUGGGAGGAGCUGGGUAUGCCACAAACCAUCAUCAACUUGGAUAUGGGCAAAGACGAUACGCGCCAGUUUGAGAAGGUAAAGGACCCCCAGGGAGAUGGCAGUGUACCCCAGGUGGAUUGGAUUCAGCUGUCCAUCCCCAACAAGAUCGGCAAGUACCACACGGACACUGCCGACGUCCGCGAGUGGCUCACUGACGCGAUGAAGCUCUUCGAGAAGAAGGACGACAACAUCAAGUUCCCCGUCCUCAUCCACUGCCACGCCGGCAAAGAUCGAACUGGCGUAGUUGUGGCCACUCUCCUCAAGAUACUCGGAGCCGACAUCGCCAAUCUGCGACGCACACUGAAGGGCUUCAACGACAAGCGAACGAUGGAGCUCUACUUCCGCAAGAAGGUGAAUGUCAAUCGCGUCAAGGCCAACUUCGUGUAG